CCCGCAGCCGGAAAAGACCCAGCCUCUGCCCCCCGCGCCCUGAAGUCCCCGCGGCCCGCCCCCUCCGGGUCGCGCUCCACUCCCUGCGGCCACAAGGCUCUUGGCAGCCUGCGUUCCCUGAGCCAACAGCAGUGCUACUGGGGAAGGACUCCUGGAAGCCCCAGGACUUGAACUAUAAGCCCUGGGUCAAUAGGGUUUAGACAGCCUCACCAUGUGUGGGGGACUGAUUGAGAAGUAUGUGGCCGCCAUGGUGUUGAGCGCAGCAGGAGAUGCCUUGGGGUACUUCAAUGGGAAGUGGGAGUUCCUCAGGAAUGGGGAGAAGAUUCACCAGCAGCUGGCCCAGCUUGGUGGCUUGGAUACCAUAGAUGUGGAGAGGUGGAGAGUCAGCGAUGACACGGUGAUGCAUUUGGCGACGGCAGAAGCUCUUGUGGAAGCUGGGAAAGUCUCAGACUUGAGUCGACUGUAUUCCCUCCUUGCUAAGCAUUACCAAGACUGCAUGGAAGACAUGGAUGGCCGGGCUCCAGGUGGUGCCUCCGUGCAGAAUGCCAUGCUGCUGAAGCCAGAUGAAGCCGAUGGCUGGAGGAUUCCCUAUAACAACCAUGAGGGAGGCUGUGGGGCUGCCAUGCGGGCCAUGUGCAUUGGUCUCAGGUUCCCUCACCUCAGCCAGCUGGACACACUGAUCCAGGUGAGCAUCGAGAGUGGCCGAAUGACCCACCACCACCCCACUGGCUACCUGGGAGCCCUUGUGUCUGCUCUUUUUACAGCCUAUGCUGUGAAUGGCAAGCCUCCCCAGCAGUGGGGAAAAGGACUGAUGGAGGUGCUACCAGAAGCUAAAAAGUACAUUGUCCAAUCAGGCUACUUUGUGGAGAAGAAUCUUGAGCACUGGUCCUACUUCCAAGACCAAUGGGAGAAGUACCUAAAACUUAGAGGGAUUUUGGAUGGCAAGUCAGCCCCAAUCUUUCCCAAUCCCUAUGAUGUGAAGGAGAGGGAUCAGUUCUACACCUCUGUGAGCUACUCUGGCUGGGGUGGCAGCAGUGGACACGAUGCCCCCAUGAUUGCCUAUGAUGCCGUCCUGGCUGCAGGAGACUCCUGGAAGGAGCUUGCCCACCGAGCCUUUUUCCAUGGUGGAGACAGUGAUUCUACGGCUGCCAUUGCUGGCUGCUGGUGGGGAGUGAUGCAUGGUUUUAAAGGAGUGAGUCCCUCUAACUAUGAGAAACUAGAAUACAGAAACAGGCUGGAAGAAAUAGCUAGGGCUUUAUAUUCUCUUGGGUCAAAGGAAGAUCCUGUAAUUGCCCGUUAAGGAGAGAUGAUGUUCAUUUCUGGUGGUUUUUUCUCUUGUGUAGUCCCUUUUCUGCUGAGCUCUUUUUUUUUUUUUUUUUUCACUUUUUCCAAAGUUUAGAGUCAUAACCUGUACUCAGGGAAUUUUGAGAUAACAAGUCCCUUGGGCACCUGAACCUUAAUCUUCCCAGGUUCAUUCUGUUCCCCUGAAUCUAUCUGUUUUCCUAUCCUGAAGAGUCUUUAUCUCAGUUGAUGGGGUCGGCAUCUCCCAAGCUAGAAAUCUCAUAGCCUCCUAUUUGAGUCUUUGUUUUCAUCAGCUAAUCCUUCACUGAAUUUUUACUGUUGUUUCUGGUUGGGUUCCCCCAAAAGUGGACUCUGAGACAAGGAUUUGAGUAUAAGUAGUUUAAUUGAGAAGUGAUUCCAUUGAGCACUGGUAGGAUCAUGGGGAAGUGAGUCAGGGAAGGGAGAGGUGGACAGUGUAAGGUGUGGUAAUGAACAGGUUACUACGGUCAACAACUGGGACCCAGUCCACCUGGAUCCUCUUUGUAAGGCAUUCCUCAUGGUUGUCCUGAGGGACAAGCAAACCUGGGGUAUUUACCCAUCUACUUCCAUCUGACAUUGGUGGUCCUCACUACUAAGUCCCUGGUGCU